AUGGAUUGUAUCUGCGCCCUCCUCCUACGAGGUAGACAAAGAGGGCGUGUCGGUGGUGUGUUUUGGCGAGGAUCCAGCCAGAACUCUCCAGUUGGCCUCUCCCUUCACCACAGCUUCGUCGCUCCACCUGUUGAUCUUCCUGUUCUGCGAGGUUAUGCCGAUUUUGGGAUAUAAGCUCGCAACAACAGGCAGAACAACGCGUGGCCCGCCUUUUAUUUUUCUUUUUCUCCUCUUUUCCGACUAACAUCGAACCGAAGUUUUAGUGAAAUACCUUUUCUCCGUCUUUUUCUUCUCAUCUAGCUAAUUUCAACAGAUGUUAUUCAAGCCGCCACGACUUAAACGUUAUAAUCUUUUUUCUACUAUUUCCAACUUCCUAAAACCUGGUCGUAACGAGAAGAGAGACUUUGUCGAGUUCUGCUUCAUUUCCUACCUUUUUGCGGCAUUCAGGUUGUAUUUGAUGUAUAUAAAAAAUUAAAAAAUAAUAAAAAAAUGAAAAAAAGCUUAGAGAAGCCUCACAAAUGAAUGUAUCAAAACCAAAUGAAAUCGUGGACAGAUCAACGAUUGAAAACUGAAAAGAAUGAUCCAACUUGCCGCGAAAUGAAAAAGCUCGUCUAGCUGAGACUGUACCCUAUUUAUCUGCGUUUUUUUCUUCAAUUUUCGCGUUGUCCUGAAAAUUUUCAGAUUUGUUGAACUUUGGCGUUGGACCUGAAGAAAAAAAUGUCCCAUAGGCAAAUUUGUUCACAGUCUCUGAAUCGUUCAGAAAAAAAGAGCCGAAGUCCGGUAAAAGUCCAAAGAACAAGCAGAGCAUCGUUUAUUCUUCUCCAGAUUCAUUGAAUCAAAACAUUUUUCUGAUAUAUGAAGAACUGUAUGUGUUUUUUGAGGAAGCUGAGCAGAUCGAAGACAGUUUCCCCCACGACAUUGCUGAUACAUGCGGACCUGGCGGAAAAUGUUGCGUUUCGGCGUCUUCGACGUACGACUGA